UUAGAUUCGCAUUUUUGCAAUGACCGUAUCCAGUUAGAGAAUAUACAGCAGCACUUCCUAUAAUAUUAAAACAUGUUCUUAAGGUCUAGCCGCUAGAACGAGAGCUGCAGAGAGGCUGGGUUCUUCACAUGCAUGACAGUGAGACUCAAACGUCGACUAGAGAACUGUCACACACGGCUCCGCGAACAUAAGUCAGUUGAGGACCGGAAGAGAAAAAUAGGAAAGCCGAUUGUUUUUCUUUUAAAACAGCAUUGAGGCUCACUAUCCGAUCUAAUCUAUCGUCUUUGUUGUUUUAGUGAGGCAAAGUCGCAGUGCGUAAAUGAGAUAAAAAAAACAUAUAUAUAUUUUUUAGAAACAAUAACAGAGGGAGCGAUGCAUUUGUUCAACGUGUCCAACACACAGCUGUAGUUUUUUUUUUUACGAGCGAGGAAUGCUAUCUGAGCUCGCGCAUCAAUGUUUCACUGGGGCAAGUGGAAGAAGAGGAUGGGCGCGAAUAGUUCUUCUAAGAGACCGGUCUACGAUGAAAAGGAAGAUGUAACCUUUGACCACUUCCAGAUUCUCCGGGCCAUUGGGAAGGGAAGCUUCGGAAAGGUGUGCAUUGUGCAGAAGAGGGACACAGAGAAGAUGUACGCCAUGAAGUACAUGAACAAACAGCAGUGCAUAGAGAGAGACGAGGUCCGAAACGUCUUUAGAGAGCUAGAGAUCCUACAGGAAAUUGAACAUGUUUUUUUAGUAAACCUCUGGUACUCGUUCCAGGACGAGGAGGACAUGUUCAUGGUGGUGGAUCUGCUGCUGGGAGGGGACCUGCGCUACCACCUCCAACAGAACGUCCAUUUCAAUGAGGACGCUGUCAAACUCUACCUGUGUGAGAUGACCCUGGCACUGGACUACCUGCAGAGCCAGCACAUCAUCCACAGGGAUAUCAAACCAGACAACAUCUUGUUAGAUGAGCAAGGCCACGCCCACCUGACAGACUUCAACGUUGCUACAAUAAUCAAGGAUGGAGAGAGGGCCACGGCCUUAGCUGGAACCAAGCCCUACAUGGCCCCAGAGAUCUUCCAGUCCUUUGUGAGCGGGGGGGUGGGUUAUGCCUUUGAGGUGGAUUGGUGGUCACUCGGCGUGACGGUUUUUGAGGUGCUGCGUGGAUGGAGGCCCUAUGAGAUCCAUGCCAGUAACUCAGUGGAGUCUUUAAUGCAGCUCUUCAGUACAGUCAGUGUGCAGUACAACUCCACCUGGCCCAAGGAUCUGGUCCAUCUCAUGAGGAAGCUGCUGACGGUGAACCCAGAGCAUCGUUUCUCCAGCCUGUCUCACAUGCAGACGGCUCCCUACCUCUCUGAAAUCAACUGGGACGCUGUGUACGAGAAGAAGAUAGAGGCUGGCUUUGUCCCUAACAAGGGCCGUCUGCAUUGCGACCCCACCUUUGAGCUGGAGGAGAUGAUACUAGAAUCUCGUCCCCUCCACAAGAAGAAGAAGAGGCUGGCCAAAAACAGGUCACGGGAAGCCAGCAAGGAUUCCCAGUCUGAGAACGACUACCUACAGGAGUGCCUUGAAGUCGUGCAGUCAGAGUUCAUGAUCUUCAACCGCGAGAAGUUGAAAAAGAGUCAGGAGGAGGGUGCAGAGGGAGGGGAGUGUGAAGGAGCUGCCGAGGGGGGUGAUGAUGGUGAUGGAGACGGAUCCGGAGAGGCUGAGGGAGGCACAGAGGAUGAGGAUCCUGAACCCGAACCUGAGUCCUCCUCCAAACUGAGCAUGUGCGGCUCGGUCUGCUCCUCUCCUGGAAGCUCCUAGCACCGCACCGCCACCUGGUGGUCUCACAGGCUUGUGUGUGUGUGUGUGUGUGUGUGUGUGUGUGUGUGUGUGUGUGUGUGUGUGUGUGUGUGUGUGUGUGUAACCAUGCCUAUAGAUACUUUAACCUCUCCUAUGUAGCCAUGAUGACUGUGGGAACAGGGACGCACAGCAGAACAACAAUACACAGCAGGACACAAAAUGGCUCCCCUAUUUUGUCUUCUGUAGCAUCCAUCGUUAAGGCAUGAAUGGGACUGCAGGUUCCAGAGCGGUCCUGCCCUCCGCGCCCCUAGAGUAAGCGCUAACUCUCUUCUAUGCAACGUACAGUAUAGCAGGAAGGUACGGUAUCAUUACGAGAGGGGAUAACAAGCAGCAGUAGCCGCAGACACAGUAUAUGAGCCUGAUGACAUACAGAGCAAUAGGAGCCAGGUUUAAGAGUGUAAGAUAUUUUUUUAGCAGAGCCUCCCUGCUCUUUCAACCUCGACUAGAUGUAGCUCCCACUGCAAACUCACAUGCUGAAUUAUUCAAAUAGAGUUAGGCACUCUUUGUUUUCUUUGCCUGUGUAGCUCUUUCAAUCCCUCUCAUUCUCUCUGUGCACCCUAUUCGGAACUACAAUAGUACUGUUGGGUUACCUUCCCCAAAUGCCUUUCAUUUCAAUGAUAAUAUAUAAUUGUAUCACAAUGCCAAUAUACAGUGUAGUGCACAUAGAAAUAGGAUUACUAUUAUAUUACUAUGUUCUAUGUGAUUCUAUUUCUAAGCAGUGGAUAGAGACUUUAAGAGGUUAAUACUGUUCCCAGUCGCAGAGAGUGAGCCUUAUUAGCAUAUAAUCCUGUAUGGGCCAUUAAGGAUAAGGAGGUUUUGCAAGUGUAAAUAAAUCACUAGUUCAAUACUGUAAAACCACUUUAAAUGGUGUUGAUUGUUAAUCAAUAGCCAUUCAUCACACAUAGUUAUAUCUACAUUAUGCAUCAGCAUGCCAGUUUGAUUUUCCUACAGUGAUUACGCUCCUCCACCAAAACAUAUUCCCCUACGGUGUUAUAUUUCCAAAGGCCCUAAGUACAACUGCGGUGUAAAUGGAAGGUUUCCCUCACCAUCGAUCUCUGUGACUGUUGCCAAGAUGCUGUUCUUCUCACACUGUUCCAUUGUGGGCUACAUGCUGGUACUGCUUUAGUUCUUACCUGUUAAACACAAACCUUGUCACUAACAGGGGAUCAGUCGUUCUAGUCAUUCUAUUUCUAUGGAUCAGAAAUGAUCAACUUCUUUUGAAUAGCUACAUUAUCCUUUAAUAGACAACAAUAGCUAUAACCUAGUGGAAUUUGACAAUUGUCUCUCAAAUAUGAUUGUCUCGAUCAUUUCAUAUAGAAAGUUAUCAUUGGGCAGUGUUUUGAGUUGUGUAGUUGAAACUUUCACCUAGUAGAGACAGUGGUACAUUUAAGGUGGUGCCAUUUACUUUCAGCAUGGGCAUCUGGGAACAUGUAGCAUAGUCCGCCUUAAAACCCUAAGGCCUAACAAAGUAAAACGUGUAAAUAGACUAGCCUAACUCUCCACAGUUUUAUGUGGGACUUCUUACUAAAUUAACGUAAAUGUUACUAAAUUAAGAGUUGUAUGAAGCCAAACCUUCAUACAUUGUUGUACUGAUCUUAUUUCCAAGUGUGCAGGCACAACUUGUAGGCACAUAUGCCAAAGCUUUUCUACCAUUUGCAUAGCCAAUUCUUAGGAACUUUGAGUGUGUGAAUGUAUGUUUCCUCUCUGCAUAGAACCACUGUUCCUUCAGCAAGUGAAAAUACUAUCAUUUGUAUACAACCAUUUUAUUGUGAUUAUAGAUAAAUGAAUGUUUUUUGGGAGGAAUUAAAUAGUAUUUAAUUAUAUAAUAAAAAAUCAAGAUGCCUCUUAAAGGUGAGGUGGGAAAAAUGCAGUUUUCCUAUAAAAAUAAGCGCAUUAACUACAACGAUAGUGUCUCGAACCCUGCAUGUACCUCUAUUCAAGGUUUUAUUCUGAUUUUGUAGGAGAGCCAAAUGCUAGGGUUUGCAUGGCUUACAGUAUGUGCACAUGCAAGCUUCGGCCAUAGAGAUGGAUAGAGAUCUUUACUUGGCAAUAAUCUGUUUUUUCAUGGACAUUGCUAUUGAGGGCUUCCUCAAUUUUAAAGUAGUCAACUGGGUGGGGAUUCCUAUGCUUGGGAGCAAUAAGUUAAUAAUCAAAGCAUUUGCUUCUACUUCAAAUUGGAUUACCUGGUUGGUAAAUGGCUUUAAUUAAACUGUAUCAAUGCCAUUAGUGGCCACAAUAAAUAAAUUACACACAAGAUUUGGUUCAGGACUCCUGCACUGCAGGUGGUGGUAAAUCACCAAUAUAAGCUGUAUGCAUUUUUCAAACACAAAAGAAGAAGAAAUUUGACCACUUCAAUGGCGAUGCCCAUGCUCUCAGACGCUAUAAUGGGAUAGAUACCAAGAUGAGUCGUCUAUGGCAGUAGCAUACCUUGACUUUCGCCUCGUCCAAUCAGUGUAGCCCUGCCCUGUUUGCCUGUCUAUGUGAUGUCUAGGUUUACUAAAAACAAGAUUUACGAUCUCCUACAACUGUACAAAUCAUUUAUUCCCAGUGUUAAAAGGAUGGUAUAAUAUUUUAGAUUGUAUGCAGUAACUUUUGACAUCCCGUAGUUUGUCUUAAGAAUAUGUUCAAGUGCACAGGCUUUUCCUUCCUUAAAUGGAUGUUUUAAUAAGUCAGUAAUUAUGCUCCAAUGUGGGUAAGUUUGAGUUUUAUGUGCUUAGUUAUGUAUAUGGAAAAGGUAUAAGCCCAAAGGUUUGGGGUAGUGUUUAAGUAUGCCCUUAGAUGGUCUUGGCUAUGUGAAAAGUCUUAAAUUGCUGCUAAAUAACAUGCAUACAUAUACAGUACCAGUCAAAAAUUUGGACAUACCUACUCAUUCCAGGGUUUUUCCUUAUUUUUCCUAUUUUCUUUAUGGUAGAAUAAUAGUUAAGUAAUAUAAUAGUGAUAAUAAUAAUAGUGGAUAGUGUAGUCAGAAAAAACAUCAAGCGCUAUGAUGAAACUGGCUUUCAUGAGGACCGCAGAGGAAAGGAAGACAGAGUUACCUCUGCUGAAGA